CCUGAGAAGAAGAAGUGUAGCCUACCGCAGAACAUAGGAGACGUUUUACUUUACCACAUCUCGACUCGCGAGCUGACCGUUUUAAAGAUAUCAUGUUCGUUUGAGGGAGAAAGCGGAUUCCACACUGAUGUUACGGCCCUACAGUACCUGAGGCAGUGGAAAUCUAGGGAGACGAGCAUCCACAGGAGAUUCAGUGAGAGGGAAGAGGUGACAUUCUAAACGUUAAGAGAAAGGAAUAGAACCGGACUUGGCACUGAGCCUUGGGGAACACUCAUCUUUUUUUGGGACUGGACUGGUUGCAACGCCAUUCCACCCUAAGCGACGUUCUUGUUCUCCACCACGUCCUCCGCUGCCUGCAGGGCGUCCAGAGAGAAGCAGGGCCUCCGGACCCACUCAGAGCAAAGCAGCAGCACAGCAGGGAUGAGUGAGUUCUGGAACAAGAUUGGCUGCUGCGUGGUGGCCAAACCUCCACCGAGAAAGAGGCGCAGGAAAAUCGACCGCAGCAUGAUCGGCGAGCCCACAAACUUUGUCCACUUGACACACAUUGGCUCUGGGGAGAUGGCAGAGGGCCGGGCCCCGUCAGGGCCGGUCCAGGAUAAGAUGAGGUCAAAAGGACCCAGUGCCAACGGCCGCAAGAGCAUGUUAUAGCUGCUGCCUACCAAGUAAGUACCCAGUUAAUGAAGCUAUCGCCAUAUCUGCAAUGUAAUAGCUUCUCUGGAACUAACCUUCACUUCUGGAACUAACCUUCACUUCUGGAACUAACCUUCACUUCUGGAACUAACCUUCUUCACUUCUGGAACUAACCUUCUUCACUUCUGGAACUAACCUUCACUUCUGGAACUAACCUUCUUCACUUCUGGAACUAACCUUCUUCACUUCUGGAACUAACCUUCUUCACUUCUGGAACUAACCUUCUUCACUUCUGGAACUAACCUUCUUCACUUCUGGAACUAACCUUCUUCACUUCUGGAACUAACCUUCUUCACUUCUGGAACUAACCUUCUUCACUUCUGGAACUAACCUUCUUCACUUCUGGAACUAACCUUCUUCACUUCUGGAACUAACCUUCUUCACUUCUGGAACUAACCUUCUUCACUUCUGGAACUAACCUUCUUCACUUCUGGAACUAACCUUCUUCACUUCUGGAACUAACCUUCUUCACUUCUGGAACUAACCUUCUUCACUUCUGGAACUAACCUUCUUCACUUCUGGAACUAACCUUCUUCACUUCUGGAACUAACCUUCUUCACUUCUGGAACUAACCUUCUUCACUUCUGGAACUAACCUUCUUCACUUCUCUGGACUUGUAGAACUAACAGUUUUCACUUCUCUCUGUAGGCAUGGAGAACCAUUUCCAUCCUCCUCUAUGCGCCCCUCUCAUCCCAAAUCAAAAGGCAGUCACUGCAGUGUAACCUGUUUCCAAUGGAGCACUUGGCAAACCUGAGAGCGGACCCUAGAGAGCAGAGAGGCUCUUCCUGACGUCUGCAGGAUCCAUUUAGCCAAACAGGACGAUGCCCUUUCUGUGGUCACCACAAGAAUCGCCCUGCUCAGAGGAGGAUAGACUGACAUGUUUUUGAUGCUUUUUAAAGAAAACUAUUUGUCUUUCUGAUGGACUUCGGACUUCCACUGUAUUUCAGCCAGCAACGUUUCUGUGUCACGGCCAGCAAGCGUGUGUGUGAGAGCCGGUGAGAGUGUUUAGCACAAUUUGUUGACUAACAUGGCUGAUUCCAUUUCAGGAAGUGAAGAUUAUGUUCUCAAGGAUCACCUGAAUGUUGCAAACCAUUGACCUACUGCCAAACAAAUGGUAUACAAAAUAUUUUGCGUAUCUGUCUAUUGAAUGAGGAUGCACCUUUUAUUUUCCUACAGUGCAUAGUUAAAGGUGUCUUCGUGUGUGUGUGUUUAUAAGUGACAAAUGCUAUGUGAUUUUGUUGCUGUUUAGAUACCAGUACUGAGUAGUGUUAUUUUGAUUGUACCAGUUGCCAUAGAACCCCAUUUGGACUGCUACCCAAUUGCCAUAGAACCCCAUUUGGACUGCUACCCAGUUGCCAUAGAACCCCAUUUGGACUGCUACCCAGUUGCCAUAGAACCCCAUUUGGACUGCUACCCAGUUGCCAUAGAACCCCAUUUGGACUGCUACCCAGUUGCCAUAGAACCCCAUUUGGACUGCUACCCAGUUGCCAUAGAACCCCAUUUGGACUGCUACCCAGUUGCCAUAGAACCCCAUUUGGACUGCUACCCAGUUGCCAUAGAACCCCAUUUGGACUGCUACCCAGUUGCCAUAGAACCCCAUUUGGACUGCUACCCAGUUGCCAUAGAACCCCAUUUGGACUGCUACCCAGUUGCCAUAGAACCCCAUUUGGACUGCUACCCAGUUGCCAUAGAACCCCAUUUGGACUGCUACCCAGUUGCCAUAGAACCCCAUUUGGACUGCUACCCAGUUGCAAGCAUACAGGUAACUGGCAAGAUAAAGGAAACCCCAACAUAGUGUCUUAAUAGGCGUUGGGCACCACGAGCCAGAACAGCUUCAAUGCAUCUUGGCAUAGAUUCUACAAGUGUCUGGAACUCUUGGAGGGAUGCGACACCAUUCCUCCAUGAGAAAUUCCAUCAUUUGGUGUUUUGUUGAUGGUGGUGGAAAACGCUGUUUCAGGCUCCGCUCCAGAAUUCUCCCAUAAGUUUUCAACUGGGUUGAGAUCUGGUGACUGAGACGGACAUGGCAUGUGGCUUACAUAGUUUUCAUGCUCAUCAAACCAUUGUGACCACUCGUUCCCUGUGGAUGGGUCAUUGUCAUCCUGGAAGAAACCACUCCCAUCAAGGUAGAUCUGUUUCACCCUACAGUAGGUAGAAGGUGAUCACUCAGAAUGGCUGUGUAUUUAUUGGAGUUGACCUUGUCCUCUAUGGGGUGGAGUGGACCUAAACCAUGGCAGGAAAAUGCACCUCCACACCAUAACAGAGCUGCCAAUAAGUACCCUCAUUUACUCAAGUGUUUCCUUUUAUUUGAGCAGUUACCUGUAGCUGGUCAGUGUGACACACAAUUUACUAGCACCUACUCUGAAAACCCCUAACUAUUAGUCAGCGGGAAGAGUCUGUUAGUAACGGGUUGUUGUUGAAAUUCAAAACACCCUGACCGUUACGGGGCUUUCCAGUGAUCUAUCCUGGAAUUACUCGGGAAUGCCACUCAUUAAAUCAACUGCAUCAAGGAACAUUCCAUAAGGUCCUUUUUUCUCUUGUCCGGGGGGGGGGGGGGGAUGUCCACCCCCUUGAUCAGAAUGGAAAAUUCCAACCAUUUCACUGUGCAUUCCCCUUGUAAUUUCUAUAUGGCCUCCCACUUGAGCUUGUUGUAGGUGACGUGCACUCCAAGCUGGCUUGUGUCCCACAUGACAUCUACACCAUAGUGACAUACAUUCUGAAGCCAGGAGGGAGUUUUUAAAAACCUGAUUUAAAUCAUACUGUAGAAAUGAAAGUUUGUUUCCUGUACACAACUGUAUUUCUGACGUGCUUAGUAUACACAAUCUGUUGUGAAUAACUAUUCACUCUGUAGUUUUUUUGCUAGGGGGCAAAACUCAGUUUGAAUUGGAAUGUUUUUUUAAUAUUGUAUCCUAUGUGAUUUAGCUAGACCAGUAUCCUAUGUGAUUUAGCUAGACCAGUAUCCUAUGUGAUUUAGCUAGACCAGUAUCCUAUGUGAUUUAGCUAGACCAGUAUCCUAUGUGAUUUAGCUAGACCAGUAUCCUAUGUGAUUUAGCUAGACCAGUAUCCUAUGUGAUUUAGCUAGACCAGUAUCCUAUGUGAUUUAGCUAGACCAGUAUCCUAUGUGAUUUAGCUAGACCAGUAUCCUAUGUGAUUUAGCUAGACCAGUAUCCUAUGUGAUUUAGCUAGACCAGUAUCCUAUGUGAUUUAGCUAGACCAGUAUCCUAUGUGAUUUAGCUAGACCAUUAUCCUAUACCAGAACAUAUGGAUGGUGUCGUUCAUGAACAGUUUGCUGUCCCUUUCACUAAUACCUUAUCUGUUUUAUACACUGGGCCUAAUGUUUACUUAAUGCUGAAGACAACUGAAGGGGUGACUUUGCAUAUUGCUUGGUGGCUUUCCUAUCUUUGUUAGAGCAUGUAAUACUGUGUAAAUGCUCAGCCCAACAGAAUGACUGCUGCCUUGACGUUUCUUGAAUAAUGUACAUUGGUAACGUCAGUAAUUUGAGUCUGUUGACAUUUUAAGUUUCUUUCCCAUCUUUAUCAUGAUUGUUGUUAGACCAAAGCUUGAGUUCAUUAGAAAUGACUUGUACAACCUCUUGAUUUUUCCUGGAAAUACAGUUGACAUUCUGAAUAGAA